GCACUAAACCCGAAUAAGCAUAUAUACACAAUUGUUUGUUUGUAGAAAUAUCACUUAAAUAAAAUUAAUUGUCACCAUGGCUAUGGAAACUAUUUUGGGAAUCAAGGGACCAGACUUUGUGAUGCUCGCCUCGGACACAAUGCAGGCCAAGUCGCUGGUCUUCAUGAAAGAUGAUCAGUCAAAAAUACACCGUCUUUCGGACUUCAACAUGAUGGCCACCGUCGGCGAUGGCGGUGAUACCAUUCAGUUCACGGACUUCAUUUCCAAGAACCUGCAUCUGUACAAAAUCGCCAAUGGAUAUCACCUGAGUGCCAAGGCAGCCGCCCAUUUCAGCCGCAAGACACUGGCUGACUAUAUAAGAACCAACAGCAGGUACCAGGUGGCCAUGCUCUUGGCAGGAUAUGAUGCCGUCGAGGGUCCUGACCUUCACUAUAUCGACUCCUAUGGAGCAGCUCAGUCAAUCAAUCACGCUGGACAUGGAUGGGGUAGCAUGUUCUGCGGCAGCAUCUUGCAGAGGUUCUGGAACUCCAAACUUAGCCAGAAGGAUGCCUACUCCCUGAUGAGAAAGUGCGUCCUGGAGAUCCAAAGGCGCCUGAUCAUCAACCAAAGAAACUUCGAGGUGUACGUGGUGGAUAGCAAGGGAUUGCGCAAGCUGGAAGCCAUCAAUCCAGGAUCUCUGAGCAAGGAGUCGAUUAGCCUGAGAUGGUAGAAAGUACUCGGUCGUACAACAUCCUCUAAUGCCUAAUAAUUGUGCCGUUGGUUUUUUGGCAAACUUUCACUGUGAUGCUCGAACAAUUUCCCAGGGAUUAGUUGACGUGACCGGCUUGGAUUUGAGUGCCUGGGCGGAGGGCUAGUGGGUUUGCUACAUGCCAUGGUCGACUGGAUUCGUGUAUUAGCAUAUGUGGCCUGCUCUUGUUCUCCAUGUGAGCCAUCUGUCUGAAUGUGGGCGGCUAUGUAUUUGUUUGCGCAACAACGACCAGAGUUGCACUCGUAAAAACUCGAUUGGAAACUAGAAAAAUAUAAAUUUAAAAUAUUAAAAGAGAUACUUCAACGAC